AUGUCGGAAUUGUUAAAGCAGACUUUUGCAAAUGCCAAAAGGGAGGGUCGUCGUGCAUUGAUCACGUUUAUGACUGCUGGGUAUCCGACGAUGGACGAUACGGUUAAUAUCAUGAAGGGGUUUCAAGAUGGAGGGGUUGAUAUUAUUGAGCUAGGUUUGCCGUUUACUGAUCCGCUUGCAGAUGGACCUACUAUUCAGGUGUCGAAUAGCACUGCAUUGCAGGGAGGUAUUACGAUGAAAAAAACGCUUGAGCUUCUUCGCCAGGCUAGGGAUGCGGGUGUUGUAAUUCCGGUACUGUUGAUGGGAUAUUUCAAUCCGAUUCUGAAUUAUGGGGAGGAGGUUUUCAUUCGGGAUGCGGCGGAGGCAGGAGCCAACGGGUUUCUGAUUGUUGAUUUACCGCCUGAGGAAGCUGUGAAUAUCCGGGGGUUUGUUAGGAAGAAUGGAUUGAGUUUGGUGCCUUUGGUAGCACCUUCCACAACUGAUGAGCGGUUGGAUUUGAUGGCUCAGCUUGCAGAUACAUUCAUUUAUGUUGUGUCAAGGAUGGGUACUACGGGUGCUAGGCACCAGGUUUCUUCUGCUCUGCCUGAACUGAUCCAUCGUGUGAGGUCUCAUGUGGGGGAUAUGAACUUAGCUGUGGGAUUUGGUGUUUCAAAUAAAGAGCAGUUUGAUUUUGUCGCUACUUUGGCGGACGGUGUUGUUAUUGGUUCAAAGGUUAUUGACUUGGUUGGUGCUACUGAGGAUAAAGACAAGUACAAUAUUGUAAAGAAUUACACUGAGGAAAUAUUGGGUGGCGUCAAGCAUCCUUUGUUAUCUAAGGAUGAGUUUGAAAGGAUGCAUCGUGAAUCUAUAAAUGGGUCUGAUUUGGAGGAAUCCCUCGAUUUCUCUGAGAAGCAACGGAGGUUUCCUCCCAAUUUUGGAGUUUUCGGAGGUCAGUACAUCCCCGAAGUGAUGCAUGGAUGUAUGAGGCAAUUAGAGUUGGCUUUUGAACAUGCGGUAGAUGAUCUGAAGUUCUGGGAAGAGUUCAAGAGCUUAUACCCCUAUAUUGGAAGGCCUUCCACCCUUCACAAAGCAGAAAGAUUGACUGAAUAUUGUGGAGGUGCACAGAUUUGGCUCAAGAGAGAAGAUUUGAACCAUACUGGUUCCCACAAAAUCAACAACGCUAUCGGUCAAGUUUUGCUUGCGAAAAGGCUGGGCAAGAAAAAGAUUAUUGCUGAAACAGGUGCAGGGCAGCAUGGUGUGGCUACGGCCACAGCUUGUGCUAAAUUUGGUAUGGAAUGUACUAUUUUCAUGGGUGCAGAAGAUGUACGUCGUCAGGCGUUGAAUGUUUUUAGGAUCAAGCUGCUUGGUGCAGAGGUUGUUGUUGUGCAAAACGGUUCUAAAACUUUGAGAGAUGCGACUUCUGAGGCAUUCCGUUACUGGGUUUCGAAUCUUGAAACUACCCAUUAUAUCGUUGGAUCUGCUAUUGGCCCGCACCCUUAUCCUACUUUGGUGAGAACAUUCCAAAGUGUGAUAGGUAAUGAAACUAAACAACAGUUUGCUGAGUUAAAUGGCGGUAAACUACCAGAUGCUAUAGUUGCAUGUGUUGGCGGAGGUUCGAACGCUUCAGGGAUGUUUUCUCCCUUUGAACAUGAUCCUGUAAAGCUUUUGGGUAUUGAGGCCGGCGGUCAAGGGAUGGAUACGAAGUUCCAUUCUGCAACAUUAACCUCCGGGAGACCUGGUGUCCUUCAUGGUGUAAAAACUUAUGUUCUACAAGAUGAAGAUGGUCAGGUAAACAACACGCACUCUAUCUCAGCAGGUCUGGAUUACCCUGCUGUUGGGCCAGAAUUGGCAUCCUGGAAGGCCUCAGGUCGUGUAGAAUUCACCGCAGCAACCGAUGCUCAAGCUGUUGAAGCAUUUAGGUUACUAUCCCAAUUAGAAGGUAUUAUUCCCGCAUUAGAAUCCUCUCAUGCUAUAUAUGGCGCGAUUCAAUUAGCCAAAACUAUGAAACCUGAUCAGAGUUUGAUUAUCAAUAUUUCUGGUAGAGGUGACAAGGAUGUUCAAACUAUCGCAGAAGUAUUGCCCAAAAUAGGUCCUGAAAUUGGAUGGGAUCUAAGGUUCCAGGCUGAUCCUUCUAUCUAG